GUUCUCAGCCACGACAAAUUGCACCGGUCUCACGGUGUAAGGCAUUUCAGAUGAGUAACCUCUUAAAGUUGGGCUUUCUUGGUGGAGGAAAAAUGGCACAAGCUAUGGCUAGUGGAUUUCUAUCAGCAGGUUUAACGAGAGGAGAAAACAUGACGGCAAGUUUCCAUCCAUCCGAUACAGCAAACAUAGCGGCGUUUAAGACACUGGGAGCUGAAACGUAUGUGGAAAAUUUGCCGGUUGUGAAAAAGUCGGAGAUCAUAUUCGUUUCUGUCAAACCCUCGGUAGUUUCAGGCGUACUGGACACAGUGCGCCCGGCCAGUUCCGGUAAACUAUUCAUAUCGAUCGCGAUGGGUGUUACGUUGAGUGAACUGGAAAAUUCACUGGAAUCCGAUGCCCGGGUGAUUCGAGUUAUGCCAAACACCCCAGCGUUGGUUCGCGCCGGAGCCUCCGUUUUUGUUCGAGGAUCUGCCGCUACCGAAGAUGAUUGCCGAGUGACGCAGGAUUUGUUUAAGGCCGUGGGUACAUGUGAAGAGGUCACCGAAGCAAUGAUGGAUCCCAUAACAGCUCUUUCCGGAAGCGGUCCGGCGUAUGUGUUUGUGAUGAUCGAAGCACUAGCGGACGGGGCAGUGCGCAUGGGGUUACCCCGUGAUUUGGCUUAUCGAUUAGCAUCACAAACAGUACUGGGAUCGGGCAAGCUAGUUCGAGAGACUGGUCGCCACCCCGGACAGCUGAAGGAUGAUGUUACCAGCCCAGCCGGAUCAACUGCAGCCGGACUAUGUUAUUUAGAGCAGAACGCUUUUCGACAUGCUGUUAGUGGAGCAGUAGAAUCGGCCACUGUAAGAUGUCGUCAAAUUUCUAGCAAAUAACGUUCACCGUUCAUCACCUACAAGGCGAGCCACAAAAACUUUUCGAUAUACUUACCU